AUGACUCUGGAAGAAGUACUGUCUGAUGCGGACAGCAAAAUUGAAGAUGAAGAUUUAAAAGAUGAACAAGAACGCAUUAAGCUUGAUCGGUUGGAUGUGAGCGAUGAGGAGAAGAGAUUCAUGUGGCUUUGUAACACAUAUGUGAGAAGGAAAAGUGAGUUCACAGAUGAGCAUGUUCCUUUAGCAUGUGAAGAGUUCGUAAAACUUCAUGCUAAAGAGCUGAUCCUUCCUAAAUUCAUAUGCCAGUGGAUAGAGUUCACGAUCACACUGUGGAACUACGGUCUGAUAUGCGCUAAGACCAUGGAUAAAUGCAGUAUCAUCCUACAGAACGCACGUGAAGAAGAAGAAGAAGCAGCAGCAGCAGCAAAAGAAGAGCCGUCAGCGGAAGCCGCUGAAGCAGCAGCAUCCACCUCUAUGGGCACAAUAAGAAGGCACAAGAAAAAGCAAGAAGCAGCAUCCAACUCUAAAGCUAAUGCUAAUGGCAACGAUUGUGAUUGUGUGUCAUAG